AUGUUAUUGUUUUAUCAAUGUUAUCACAUUUUGAUAGCUGCAAAAACGGGGCUAAAUGUAGGCAAUGUUAAAUACGGACACAAAACAUUUUUUCCCGUGAACAUCCAUUCGUAUUAUUUUUAAUUUUAUCAAAUCUCCGAUAUAUUAUGUUAAUGCCUCAUGUUGUUAUCAUGAAUACUAGAUUUUAAAUCUGGAUGUAAGCCGAAUGAUAAUUUUUUAUUCACGUUUAAUGUAAUUAAGUUGGUUUGAAUAAUUUUAAUUUGUAAAAAUGUAUGUCUGUGGGACAUCGAAAAAUUUAAUACGUAAUGCAAUCAAUAUAUCAAAUAUUACAAGGUACAGUAGUAGCGCAUCAACUGAGGAUUCACCUUCCUACGCUCAAUUUGUUUACAAUCGCAACCCUAGAAAUUUGGAAAAGUUGAGAAUCGCAUAUAAACCAGCUGGCUAUCAUCUUGAUAAACCCGGUCGUGAAUUUUGGCAUAAAUUACAAGUGACUACAAGUAAAAGACAUGUGACAGCUAGUGUUUUACACCAUACUGGUAUGGUUCCAAUACUGGCAACCACUGCUGAAUGGGCUAUACGUAAACAGCUUUUUAGCACUUUAGAUAAAAUGGCAUAUAUAACAAUUGGAAAAGUUCUAGCUCAACGUUGUUUAGAAAGUGGUAUUUUUGAUAUGAUAAACACAUAUGAAGCCCUACCUGGUAGUAAACUUGAAGCAUUACUACAAAACUUAAUAAAAAGUGGAGUACGCUUAGAAGAAUAUCCUCGUUAUAAAUCCCCUCAUCCUUGGGAUCGAGAAAGACCAGAAAAACCAUGGGAACAUUAUUAAGUUAAAUUAAAUUAAUUAUGUAAAAGUAGAUUGUAUAUUCUGUUUUUUAUAUGCAAUAUUUAUUAAUAAAUGUAUUAAUUGAAUAAAAUUAUUAAAA